CUCAGUUCGGUCGAUUUGUAUGAUAUUGCGGAAUGUUUUUAUUCUGUCGUGUUUGAGUACGCGUUCCGGGUACAGUUUCAGUUCAGAAAUAGUCGCUUUUACUUGUUAUUUUGUAGUUCUUUCUUGUAAAUCAGUGAAUGAUAGUGUCAAUCUUGGUUGAGCAGUGGUUAAUUAUUUGAGAUCUCGUAAAAUUACGAAGAAACUCCCAUCGGUGUGGUUGAAAGAGUGAAUGAGCUGGGGCAAGGUUUUUAGAGAAGUGAUUUCGCAGUAGAAGUAGGAUGAUAGUGAAGAAUUAUUAAGUGAUUUUGCGUGAAAGUGUAUACCCUUCCAUACCCAAUUAAUCAGUUCAGUCUCAGUGUCGAAGUGUUGUGAAGAAUGGCCGAAGAAAUCCUGCAAGAAGUUUUGGCAGCCAAGCUAGGAUCUGCCGAAGAGUUUCCCAGGUGGUUUCUGCAGCUUUUCGAGCGGAGCGAUCCACGGCGCUGCACGAUCGAGGAGUUUGCCGUACACUUUUUGGGACUCGUUAGAUCGCAAACGGAGGAUUUCACCAAAUGCCCUCCAUCGGUAUGCGAUACCCCGAAGAAAGUUCUCCCAGCAACAGCAGCAGCGAGCAGCGCUCGCAAUAGGAAGCUGUCAAUCACAUCCACAACCGAUCCGACCUGCACCGACGCCAACGCCGGUGUCAACAAUGUACCCAUAUCGCAAUCAAUUUCCAUGACAGCACCGCAUGAAACAACGACGACGACGAAGGGAACAUCUCAAUUACUGAUGACGUCCGGCUGUCUGAAAGGCGAUACGGGUGGGACCACCGAUGAUAGUAGUGGUCGGGAAGGACACGCAACCGGAAGCCGCUCCCUACCGGGACGAUCGAUCUCGCGUGAUUUAUUCGAUGGAUCCACGGCGUCAACGACCGCGGAAGAUGAUUUUCAGGCGGGAUUUCGAAAGCUUGACCACGAUGCAAAGUCGGUUGCAUCUGCUGCUGUUGUUGUACCAGCAGGUGAAGGAUGCAAUCAAUCGCAGUCCAUAGCCGCAGCAUCGGCAGCUGCUACACAAUCGGAGCGGCCAGCUGCAGUCGGAUCGUUUACCGACGAUGCUGUUUCAUCAUCGUCAGCUGGACUGGGUGAUAUCACCAGACGCAGUUACGAAAGAAUUGAAAACGAAACUACCACUGCCACGUCUUUCAUCGACGCACCAUUUAGUCCCAUCAACAAUUUACUGCCAGACAAAGGAGACUUCCCUACCAGUAAUACUCCCAACCGAAGCCAAAAUGCCAAACCUCCUUUGCAUGAACUCAACACCAGCACUCCAAUCGUCAAUCCUGGCCAUCGGUCCGGUAAAGGUUCACGUAACUCUUGGACCAUGGAUUGCUCAACGCCCAACACUACCAGCAACGUUCCACCGGUGACGGGUAACGGUUCACGCUAUGACUCACGCCGCAGUCACGAUCGAUCCUUUGGCAGCAACACCAACACGAGCCGCCAGACUAGCUCACCUUGCCUGGCUGACUUCAUUACCCAUUCGUCGUUAAAAUCGAAAUCGCGAAAAUCAACAGCGAAUAACAGUAAAGAUACUAGCGGCAAAGUGAACUCGCUCUUCUUGGAGAAUGACUUUCCGGGGCUGCAAGCCUCGAUGCAGUCGUCGACCCCCGGAAAUGAGCAGCUAAAUCGAAGCAAAAAACGUGUUACGCCGAUCACGGUCAGUAAGACACUCACUAGUCGAUUAGGGGCAUCCAGUUUUGAGCUAGAUAAUUCCGUCAGUCCAGUGGAAGGAAAGUCCAAGCGUAGAAUUGCUCCAACCAUCCUCAGCAGGUCGUCUUCCAACAGACAUGAGUUCAACAGUUCUUCCUUCAAGUCGGAUAAUAAUCUGAUUAACCUAACCGAAGACAGUUUGGAGCUGGACCUUUCUGAGAAGGACGAACGUGGUUUGCUGCGGAAUUACAAAGACAUUAUUAAGAGCAACUUCGAAAACGUUGAAGAGCAGAACCCAGACACGAGCAAAAAGCUUCACGCUGCCCUCCGAAACACAAUCAACACGCCUCGAAUAAUGUCCGAAUGUUUGAAUGUGCCACCCAUUCGAAUCGAUUUGAGUCGCGUAACCCAACCGGUGCCAAUCAAUCGCAUGGUAGAUGUUUACACGCUCCUUAUCGACCUUAACCUUACGCCAAACAUCCUGUCGGAGCUAUCGUAUUUGAUCAAUUUAAUUAACACCGAAUUCGAUCCAUUCGAUUCCGCAUUGGUUGCCGUCGAAAUUGACUACACCAAACCCACUCACGUUGAAAUCGAUUACCAGAACCUGUUGAAGAAUCUCAACAAUUGCGUGUACUUUGCGAUGGAAGUACUGAACCGCCAGAAAGCCCUUCUAGCACUACUCGACAGCACCACGCUCAAGGUGCUUAUCGAAAACGAGCGAAUCUGUAACCUGAACCAAUAUCUUCACGGUUAUCUGAAAGAAAUUCACGGACAGAAGCUUCAACUGGAUAGCAAUGGACAGAAGCUGCUGGAUGCGUCGGCAAAAUUGUCGAAUGUUUCUUUUGGCAGCAAUGUACUCUACCAGCAGGAGGCGGACACUAAGGAACAUUUUCCUUCGGAUAAGGAAUUCGGUGCCUUCAAGAAGCAACGGGAUGCAUUCUGUACGAUCUAUAGGACGUGGGAUUUCAAACAUCUGAACCCAACGUGGAACUUUUUGGCGGAGCUCGGUGCGAAGGUACGCUCGCUGCUAGCCAUCAUGGAGCACCCGAUCAAUAUGGCUCACCUGGCGAAGCUCUUCACGGCACAGCUUGUGCAAUCCUGCAACUUUGACAACGCUACAUCGGAGCUGGCGAUGGACCUGCCGAAUGUGGACCCAGCCAAGUUGGUGAAGCUGAGACAGCGCUUGGUGGCUCCGAGCCAGUUUUCCACCCAGUACCUUUUCCCUGGAAGUCAGGCGUUUUUCCGCGACUUCAUAAUCGCCAGUGAAUCCAAUCACACAUUCACCGAGCAGCUGAAGGCCGUGCUGAUCUAUGAGCUGCUCGAAAUGAACGGAUCAUCGUAUGAGGUGCUCAAUGUGUCCAGCUCGGACAAUCAGCACGAUUGCGAGUAUGUGGUACGGCCGGAAUCGACGACGACGAUGCGUGUCCUGGCGAAAUUCAUCGGCUACAUCAUCUCAAGGCCAUUCAACUACGAUAGCUACCGGAACACCACGGUCGACAAUCGGCAGAUCGAGCUGCGGAAUACGCUCCUGCCUCUGUUCGAUGUGAAAUCGAUUUUGCUGAAAGCCAUAGCGGAACGGAAGCUUAUUAUCACCGUACCUUGGUUGGUUCAAUAUUUGGCCAUGCUUGAUGGUAUUAGUCUGCGCUUGGUCUACUACAAGGAGCUGUUCGAACUGCUGUAUGAGCUGUACCUGAGGACGAAUGCGUACGAGGUAGAAUCGGAGAAGAGACUGCUGGUGACACCCACAUCCAAGUUCAUCAUACGAGCUUGUUUGGGUUGGCUGUUAGAACAUCCCAAUAUCCCGGAGGAAUAUCUCAGCUACCGUCAAGAGAGGCGGUCUUUUCUAUCGGUUGAUGAAAAACUAUACCACUAUAAGAAGAUUGAACUGCUUGUUGAGAAAAAUACUGCGGAAGAAAUGGAAAUUAACAAAGCUUUGAUCUUGACAAAAGUGGACGAGCACGUGGGAGGUGUUCUGAAAUGCGAAGUCAAACCAGCGAAUGAUUUGCCUAACGAUCCCAAGGCACUAGUUAGACCUAACGUAAAGACGACCAAAAAUGAAAGCCUUUCACUAAACCCUCUUCUCGAAAGCAUCCUAAACGCAGCCUGUCCAUUUCUCGCUGACUUCCGCGUUUCAAUGAUGCCAUCAAAAGUCGAAAAAACCGUCUCUCGAUCCGGACGGUACCGGCACAUAACAACGAAAUACUCAGGAUCAUCCACCAUAGCUGCCCAUCAGAAAACGACAAACAACCAACACCGACUGCUGGAAGCCUUCCUCCAAUCCCAGAGCCUGUCCGUUCGCCGAACAGUUGAAUUUGUCAUCGAACGAGCAUCGUCGGCAGCCAUCAAGGACUUUCAGGUGGCCCACCUUCUCCCGGAACGCAAGAAAAUCACGGAACAGAUUGCCACCAUACAGGCGGAAUCUAUUCCCCAAGCAACCAAGAUAAUUUACAUGAUGUGCUCAACGGCACUCGCCGACAUCAAUGCCAGAUGGGACGAGACAAUCCCACCCAUGCUUGCCAGGCGAAUCAAGGACGGAUUUGAUGCAUUGCUCCCGAGCGAGACCCUCGAGCCUGUGAAGCGAACGUGCAUCAAUCUUGCUCUGGAACGGUGCCUUGCCAGCACAAACGAAUGGCGUCAGACGCAUAUGUACGAAAUAGAUUUAUUCUGCAAGGACAUCCCGGGGGAAGCUGCAAAAACUCUCAGGGAACUAUCCGGCAAACAAUCGCUUCCAAUGACACCGCUAACUGUAACGCUGGGACGAGUGCAUCACACCAUUGUGUACGAGCAGCUUCAGAGCUUGAUUCACGCUGCCAGUUCAUAUCCGGGCGAGCUUAUUCCGGAAGAAUUAACCAAAUUCCUUGCUCUCGUGUUGACAUACCUGGAUGAACAGGAUACCACCCAAACGAUGAACAGAACGUUAGCAUACAUGCUGCUGCAGCUGGCAUUACUGAUAGUGAUCAACCGGUGUGAUUUAAUUGUACCAGAGCUAGUACAAAUGUUGCUGUCGGUGUGGCAGCACCGGAAAUUGAGUGAGUUUUGCGUCAUUCCCGAACCGUCAGGCGAAGUCAAUGAAGAGGAUGAAAUUGCUAAGCUGGUGGAUACCGAACGAUCCAUCGUGGAUGAAGAGGAUAUUAUGCGAAUCAGAGAGCGAAAGCAGCAGGAAGAUGCCAACUACAUCUUCGCAACGCUGGUGAGCAACCGUUGCAUCCGGAUGAUGGCGGCCCGGGGUGCGGACGACGUGUUUGCAUGCUUUGCUAAUUUCAUCAACAGUUUGGUUGACUGUAAUCUGAUCAGCAUCCGGCGAUUGAACGAGCAGUUCGUGAAAAUUUUCAACGAAAGCUGGCAGCAGCAAACCCUGGAGCGCGUCUCACGGCUGAUGGAUGCCGUUCUGCGCGGUGGCAAUCACUCUCAACUGCCGGCACAAGGACUACACACGGGACGGACAGCCACCGGUGCGGACGAUUCGCACUCACAACUGUUCCUGGAAAUGCUCUCUGACUUGGCACGGGAUAUCGAGGACUUUUGAUGGUUAACGUUCCAGCAUCACCCACCACCAGUGCCAUCGCUGUCGCCAAGAAGAGAGGUUCAGGUUAGUUGGGCUGGGUGACACACUCGUUAAAGCACCACUGAAGUGUGGCUGUUAAAGGAACUACACAUGGACUCUCGGGAUGCUGAUGGUUUUGAGCGUGGAGUAUUCACGCUAAUCUAUGACUUAUAUUUUUGUUUAACAAGUUCAUGUUAUUCAUUUUUUCAUCGUAUUUUUAGCACA